AUGGACCAAUACCCAGAUUCAAUGGAUACGGAGACGUAUUUGCGGCAGCUUUUCCCUCGUCUAGAAUGGUUGGAGCGGCAUCUGCGAAUGUCGGCCUCGAGCGCGGUCAUGAUUGUGACGACGACGAUUUGGACCGUUAUGCGCAUCGUCUCUCGGCGCAUUGGCAAAUUCAGAUUCUACUCUGAGGACUACAUCUAUUUCCUGGGCCAGCUGUUCUUUUACGGCGCCGCUGGCUGUGCCAUUGCCGUUGUUGCCGUCGGUCCGCCCACAGGCCCGAGCAUGAUCAGCGUCAAGUACCGGAUCAUGCUUCCACUGCGACUUUGCUACGCCGCCACCCUGCUCUGCGUCAAAACGAGCAUCCUCCUCUUAGUCAACCGCAUCUUCGCACAGGGCUCACGCUUCGUCGGCAAGCUGUGCUGGUUCGCGCUCGCCCUUUCAGUUUGCUGGGCAAUCUACGCCGGCCUCAUCGAGUUCUUGUGGUGCUUGCCGGUCCGCAGCGCCUGGGAUUCGACCGUCAAGGCCCCGGAGAAGCAUUGCAUCGACAAGAAGGUCGCAUACGGUCUUAUUCCAAUCAUCGAUAUUCCCAUCGAGAUACUCAUCUUGCUUAUCCCGCUGCAAUCGAUCCUGAAGCUCCAGGUCAAAACGCCGCACAAGAUCGCCCUCCUCUGCAUGUUCUGUGCCGGAAUCAUAACAAUUGUUCUAUCCAGCAUCUACCUCUACUACAUCAUGACCGACUUCCAUAAAUCCUACUUUGUUUGCAUCAUCCACGCCGGGAUAGCCCAGAUGGUCGCCUCCAGCACUGCCCUGCAGCCGCUGUUCAACAAGACCGCGGUGCGGUUCUUCAGCAUGGUUACAGGACAUAGCGGGCACAGCAAGAGCAACAAGUCCGGGGCCGAGAACUCGUCUCAGGGGCUGCAUGAUAGGAGGAGCGUGAGAAACACGGCGCGAAUGUCCCGGAAUCCAUUGGGGAGUCAUUCCGGGCUGAGGGAGCACCCGCAUCUUACGACCGAGAGCGAGGAAUAUCUCGCCAUGACUUCUUCCGAUACGUGGGGGCAACCAAAGGAUAAUCGAGAUGCUGUGUAG